GUCAAAAUAUCGUUGAAAUUUCCGUAAAAUCAUCAAAUUUUCGUCAUUUACCAUAAUCUCCAUUUUCAUUUACUUUUUCAAAAAGAAAUAGUACUGAAAAGUAAAUAAUGGGUAGUCUUUGGGAUGAAGGAGACAUAGCUGGGGCUGUAACAAAAGCUAAGCAACUAGGCGCUGUUUUUAUUGUUUUUGUGGAAGGUAAAAAUGAGCUGUCGUCUCAUUUUCUUCAGUUGUUCAACAAUGAGGAGGUAUUGAAAAAAUUGAAAACUAAUCAGUUUGUAGCCAUUAAAGUAGAGGAAAAUUCUACAGCACAUCAACAAUUCAGUGCAAUAUAUCCUCAUAAUUCCAUUCCAUCUGUAUUUUUCAUUGGAAAAAAUGGUAAACCCUUAGAAAUUUUAACAAAAAAUGUUAAUGUGGAAGAAUUCAACAGUACUAUAAAUGGUGUAAUAGAAAGAAGUGGUUUCUCUUUGAAAGCAGAUGCCUCUACAAAUAUUAUUGAAAAAGAAAAGGAACUGGCUUGUAACAAAAACACAAAUAGCCCAAUCACAAGUACUUCAGAUUCACAUGUAGAAUCUAAACCUUCCUCUUCAUCAUCUAAAGAGAUGAGUCCUGAAGAAAAAGUUCAGCAUGCUAAAGAGCUGAUUGAACAGAGAAAGGAGGAGAAGAAGAAGCAGGAGGAAGAGGCUGAAAAGCAGAGGGAAAUAGAACGUCGCAAGAUUGGACAGAAUGUACAACAAAUGAAGAGGUGGCAGCAGGACGAGUCAAUGAAGCAGCUGAUGGAAGAGAGAAACCGAGAGAAAAAGGAGAAUCAAGCUGCAAGAGACAGAGUUCUGGCCCAGAUUGCUCAAGAUAAAGUAGAGAGGGCAGCUAGGUUUUCCAAUCAAGGUUCAGCGAGUGUUCCAUCAAUACCACAAGCCACUGCUGAAGGUAGCAGGGCUGUACCGAGAGGUAACACCACAAGAUUACAGUUCAGAUUACCAGAAGGAAGAGUGUAUACACAUGAAUUUCAGAUCAGCGACACUCUGCACAGGGUCCAUCAGUAUAUCCUCAACGAAAUUACCCCACCCUUCACGAAUUACACAAUCUCAACGACUUUCCCUCGUAGAGAGUUCAACGAAAGCGACAACGGUCAGACUCUGCUGGAUCUGCAACUGGUUCCGAACGCCGUCAUAUUGAUUUUGCCCCAGGUGCAGGGCGCCGUAUCCAGCAGAGCCAGCGGGAUGUUGGGCAGUAUGUUCUGGUGGAUUAUGGCUCCGAUCAUGAGCAUGUACGACUUUUUGGUCGGGUUCAUUUUCGGUACGCCGUCUAUCAGGAGGAGCGAGCCUUCGACGAGCGCCAAAAGGUCGGCAUCAGAGACUGAUGUGACACAUAGGAAUCAACCAAAAAGGCAGGCUGGCAAUUCUACAGAAAUUAAGAAACAGGGUAAUAUCCACCGCUUGAAAGAGAGACCAGAUACAGAUGAUGAGAAUAACACAUGGAACGGUAAUUCUACUCAACAGAUGUAAUAGACUGGAGAAGGAAUUAGAUUGCAAGAGACUAUAUAAAUAAACCUGCAAACCACGCAAUUUUAUGAUGUAUGAAUAAUAUAUAAGUUGAAUACUAAAUUAUGCAUUUUAUUCUAUGUUCCACAAUUACGAUUUAAUAGCACAUUUGCUAUAUAUAUGUUAUCUUUCUUGUUGAAUAAAUAUAUGUUGAAAUCUU